UACAAAAGAAAUUUUCUACUUGCAAGACCUCCAGUCGCACCUCGGAUCUUCAACGCGAAAUGAGAUCCUUAAUAUUCGUGUUGUUGGCCACUGGGACAUUAGCGGCGCCCGUGUCAAAAGAGAGACAUCGGCCGCCAAAUUGUGACACAAAGUUCAAUAGAUUUCACCAUUCGAAAGAUUUUACUUACAACUAUGAAGGAGAAACCGUGAGCAGUGUAGCCGGAGCUUCGUCAGCCCGUUCAGGGUUAAGAAUCCGCGCACGUUGUGUCGUCAAGGCUGUUGGACCAUGUCAGCACGUCUUGAAGAUCGACCAAGUUGAGCUCUGGGAAGCCCAGAGCAAGAACCCCGGUCCCCUGGGAUAUCAACUGUCCCAGGGAACCACAGCAUUUGCUGAAGAGCUUCAAGCUCAAGACCUUGUUUUCAGAACAAACGGUGGACUUAUCACCGACGUCCUCGCCCAUCCAGAGGACCCAUCUCACGUGUUGAACAUCAAGAGGGGCAUUCUUAGCGCGCUGCAAGUGCAGUUUGUUGAUGAGCAUGCCACCUUGGAGGAGGACGACGUUGUUGGCAAAUGCAAGGUGCAUUACGAAGUUAAAUCUCGUCACCUCAGCAGACGCCCAAAGGUUGUCUACAAGACCAGGAAUCUAACCGAGUGCACAGACCGCGCUCAGUCAGACAUCGGCAUCCAUGUUCACUCUUACGAAGAGAAGCCUUUAAGCCUGCUGAGUUCCCACAGCACAUGUAGGCUCCUUUUGACGGCCAAGAAACGUACCCAGCAGGUCUUGUGUCAGGAAGAACAUAUUUUCAGACCUUUUUCCGCGGGCUACAAAAACAAGUCUGGAGCAAUCACCAAGACAAGGCAAAAGUUGGAACUGCAGUCUAUCACGCCAUCUGAAAGUGAACCUGUUGUUGCAGAGGAAUUAAGGCCUGUGUCGUUGAAGUACGCACACGCUCAACCCCAAUCUAACCAGAAAGCCAUCAACGAUGCCUUCUACUUAUUAACCCGUCUGAGUAAGGACUCGAAACAAUCAACCAAACCUGACUCGGCCCAGCACUUCUCAGACCUCGUGUUCAAGAUCCGUAAGCUUAACACACCAGCAAUGGAGUCAUUGUGGCAGAAGGUCCAUAACGAGGAAGACAACAAAAUGCAUGAGUAUUUCUACGACGCUCUGCCUCACUGCGGCAACGGCGGAUGUGCUAAAGUCAUGAGCCAUGCCAUUAGAAACGAUCUGGUCAGCCAUGAACGUGGAAACAUGUUCUUGGCAGGCUUGGCCAUGGCAGCAAAUCCCUCCAAGGAGACUGUUAGACAUGUACUGGAGCUUUGUGAAGAGCAUCCUGGCAGAACCGCCAUGUUGACUCUCGGAACACUCAUUCACAAAGUUUGCGAGAACAGCCCACAGGAGUGCAAUGAUGAGGAUGAAGAGAACCCGAUCACCAAGGCAGAAAACUUCUUGCUGUCUCGCUUGAACACAAAAUGCAAAGGCAAAACUCCAGAGGAUUUCGAAAACAUUCUUAUCACCUUGAAAGCCAUUGGAAACGCGGGUCGCCCCGUUGCUGCCGAAAAUGUCCUUCUGAAAUGCGCCCUUAACCCAGAUGUUCCAGUCAACAUGAGCAUCGCAGCUCUAGAGGCUUUCCGACGCUUGCCCUGCAAUGAAGAAAUGACGGAUCAGAUUUUGCAGAUCUAUGGCGAGUACAAUCUAGACGUUGAGAUCCGUAUCGCAGCGUACCUGGCACUCAUGAAGUGUCCAAGCCCAGAGGUCUUCAAACGCGUUGCCGGUAUCCUCAAGAACGAAGUUAAUAAUCAGGUGGGAUCAUUCGUGUGGUCGCACAUGACGAAUGCCAUGGAUUCGACCGAACCAGUCCAUGGUCUGCCUCAGGCCGAGAUGAUGAAAGACGCACUUAAUGGAAUGAAGCUGCGAGAGUUCAAUCUGAACAGACUGAGAUUCUCACGUGCAUGGGAAGGGUCAUUCUACAGUGAUGUCCUGAGAUUCGGCGGUUCAGCGCAGAGCCAUCUUAUCUACCAUCCAAACAGCUUUUUCCCACGCAGUGCCAUGGUCAACUUGACAGUGGACGUGUUGGGUGCAUCAAUCAAUGUCCUCGAGGCCGCAGCACGCUUUGAAGGAUUCGAGAUUCUCAUUGAGCAGAUGUUUGGAGAAGAUGGUUACUACCCUGACGACCGCAUCAUGAAGAUGUUCAACCUGAAACCCCACGAGGAGAGGGAUAAGAAGGAGAAAUCAGUGAGAAAUCUGCCACUCAGGAGGACGAGGAGCAUUCAUGACGACAUCAACAAAGUAGAGAACCAUUUGAAUAAACUGCACCGAAGGAUGGACACGAGAAAGCAUAAUCCAUCAGGAGCCGUUUCUGUGAAGAUGUUUGGUAACGAAAUGAGACUUGCCAGUUUCGACGACAUCAGCUGGUUGAAUGACGAAGUGGACAAAAUCAACAUGAUUGACAUCUUGAUCGCAUUGGCCAAGGGAGGCAAGAAGAGUUUCAGCAAGAGCAUGAUGUUCCUAGACGCCGAGACUACUGUCCCCACCAUCCUUGGUCUUCCACUCAAACUGAGCGCCAAGGGAACCACUGUGGCCGCGGUAGAACUCGCUGGAAAGUUUGACAUCAGGAACAUGUUCUGGGGAAAAAUGAACUUUGAUGUACGAGGCUACGUCAAACCAAGUGCCGUUGUUGACAUCACUGGUCGCAUGGGAGUCAGCGCUUUGUACGCGGAGGCUGGUAUCUUUGUCAACUCAUCUUUGUACACUGUUACUCAGAUCAAAGGAAACGCCACUUAUACUCAAGGAGAAAUCUUAAAGUUCGAAGUCGGCGUCCCUGAGGAGCCAGUUCAGUUUGUCAACGUAUCUUCGUCGCUUUUCACCACUCUCAACGACGAGAAACUGCCCAUUGAAGGAACACCAAGGAGGAUCGAACCAACACCUUGCCUGAACAUGACACGUGUUCUUGGAAUAACAUUCUGUGGUCAACUCUCUCUGCCGUUGGGUUAUCGUGACUACGAGUCGCCAUUCUUCCCGUUCUCUGGCCCAGCUUCCUUCAGUCUGUCGAUGCAAAGAACGGAUCCUAAGCUUACGAAAUAUCAGUUGAUAGCAGAACGCCUGGAAACCGAGGAUGACAACAAAUACGAUGUUAUCGCCAAAAUGUCUACUCCUGGAGCAAUGUGGGAGCGGAACUUUGAGGCUAACGGUACAUUGUGGCUCAAGAAAGACGGCAAACUCUUCAGCAUGUCUACCGGUGCUGUUGGCGUAAAUUUUGGCAAGUUCGAGGCGACUUACAACAACAUAACGCACGCUGUGAACCUGACGUAUUCCGCCAAAGACGUUGUCUAUGGUCACCCCAUCGUCCUAAAUGGUCACUUUUUCAACAACACGGAACUGAGUGGCCUCACCCGAGAGCUUGGCGUUCAACUGUCCGCAUCGUACAAAAACUACACCAUCAAGCAGCUGACAAAGCUCUACAACAGGUCAGGUGUGUAUGGCUUCGUCAGCAAUAUGACGUACUGGACAGGCAAGUAUCUGUACGCCUCUGGAGAACUGAACAUCCCCAAGAAGAGUGUCAGCUUCCUGGCGAACCAUACCUGCACAAAGACAGAGGUCAGCUUCAAUGGUAAUCUCGGAGAGGAGGAGGACAACUUCGUCUUUAGCUUCAGCAACGAACCAACGAAGGCUGGAAUUGAAUUAACAGGCAGACUUCUCAAAGCUCAGAAAGAAGGUGUUCUCCGCUUGUUUGCCCGUCCACGCGAUCAGUCAUUUACCCUUCGUGGAUCCUACGCCAAGGCUGGAGACGAAAAGGGUAUCCGUUUCACAGCCAGCCAUGACAACAAGAACCGUGUCAUCAGAUGGUACACAGGUAUUGUCAACGCAACCAACGAGAAGUCCCUAAAGACAAACGCCACGGUGCUUGGUAGCAAAGCAGAAGCUGUUUGGACGUACUUCAACCUCACGCAGAACAAAGGAAUCAAGUUCCACGGAUUGCUCCUGAACAAGUCCAUGGACGCUGUAUGGUCUUACGUUAACAUUGGUCAAGAGAAGGGGCUGAGGUUCAAUGGAAGAGGUUUAAACAAGACCAUAGAAGCAGCUUGGACAUUGGUUAACCUUACAAGCGGAAAAAGCUUAAAGUUCAAUGCAACUGCCAUCAAUAAGACCAUCGAAGCGUUCUGGUCGUAUGUCAACGUGGGCAAAGAGAAAGGACUGCGAUUUGACGCCAUGGCCUUGAAUCACACCAUCGAAAGUGCUCUUACCUUCCGCAAUUUCUCAGACGCAAAGAGCAUCAAGCUUAAUGCAACCGUUUUAAAUAAGACCUUGGAGGCUGUGUGGUCGUAUGUCAACGCUGGAAAAGAGAUAGGAUUGUUAUUUAACGUCACUGCCUUGAACAAAACGGCCGAGCUCAUGUGGUCCUACUUCAACCUCGAAAGCAAGAAAGGACUUCGUUUGAAUGCUUCUGCCUUAAACAAAACCAUCGAUGCCACCUGGACUUUCAUCGACCAGAGUACUGAGAAGAGUUUGGUGUUCAAGGCCAUUGCUCUAAACAAGACCAUCCAUUCCACAUGGAGUGUCCUUAACUUGCCAAACGAGAAGAGUUUGAUUUUCAAUGCUAGUGCUGGAAACAAGAGCAUCAAUGCCACUUGGUCAUUCCUAAACUUGGAAAACAAGAAGAGCUUGAACUUCAAGGCAAAUGCUAUGAACAAAACCGUUGAUGCCACCUGGAGCUUCCUCAACUUGGAAAACGAAAAGAGCUUGAAAUUCCAGGCAAGUGCUUUGAAGAAGACCGUUAACGCCACGUGGACGUUCCUUAACUUGGAAAACGAGAAGAGUUUAAAGUUCCAGGGAAGUGCAGUUAACAAAACUAUGGAUGCCACGUGGACCUUCCUUAACUUGGAAAACGAGAAAAGCUUGAAAUUCCAGGCAAGUGCUUUAAAAAAGUCUGUUAACGCCACUUGGACGUUCUUUAAUCUGGAAAACGAGAAAGGUUUGAAGUUCCAGGCAAGUGCAGUUAACAAAACCGUCAAUGCCACUUGGACCCUGCUUAAAUCGGACAACCAGAACAGUUUGAAGUUUGAGGCCAGCGCUCUAAACAAGACCAUAGAAGCCAGGUGGACCUUCCUCAAUUCACGAAACGAGAAGAGUUUGAAGUUCAGGGCUAGUGUUCUAAACAGGACAACUGAAGCCACUUGGACCUUCUUUAACUUCACGAGCGAGAAGGGUUUGAAGUUCAAGGCCAACGCCGUUAAUAAAUCCAUCGAAACGACCUUAUCGUUCCUGAAUUUUGCCACUGAGAAGAGCAUCAAGUUUAACGGAUCUGCCUUAAACAAGACGAUAGAGACCAUGUGGACCUUCAUUAAUUUCAAGAACGAGAAGCUGAUCAAAUUCAACGCCACUGGAUUCAACCGAAGUGCCGAGGCCUUCUGGAGUUACUUGAAGAAGGAGAAUGAAAGUUCCAUUAAAUUUAAUGCUUCCGCCAUGAGGAAAACUGCUGAAGCUGUCUUAAGUUACGUGAAGACUGGAGACAAGACAGCCAUCAAAUUUAAUGCUUCUGUCUCGAACAAAUCUGUAGAAGCUAUCUGGACGUUCCUGAACAGCAAGAAUGAGAAGGCUAUCAAGUUCAAUGCUUCAGCCAUGAACAAAACUAUUGAGACUGUCUGGAGUUAUGAGAGGAGCGAAAAUGAGAAGGCUAUCAAGUUCAAUGCUUCAGCCAUGAACAAAACUAUUGACGCUGUCUGGAGUUAUGUGAGCAGCGAGGACGAGAGAGCUAUCAAGUUUAAUGCUUCAGCCAUGAACAAGACAAUCGAGGCUGUCUGGAGUUAUGCAGGCGACAGGAAUGAGAAGGCUAUCAAGUUCCAUGCUUCAGCCUUGAACAAAACCAUCGAGGCUGUCUGGAGUUAUGAGAUAAGCGAAGACGAGAGAGCUAUCAAGUUCAAUGCUUCAGCCAUGAACAAAAGUAUCGAGGCCGUCUGGAGUUAUGCAAGCAACAAGAAUGAGAAGGCUAUCAAGUUCCAUGCUUCAGCCUUGAACAAAACCAUCGAGGCUGUCUGGAGUUAUAAGAUGAGCGAAGACGAGAGAGCUAUCAAGUUCAAUGCUUCAGCCAUGAACAAAAGUAUCGAGGCCGUCUGGAGUUAUGGAAGCAACACGAAUGAGAAGGCUAUCAAGUUCAAUGCUUCGGCCAUGAACAAAACUAUCGAGGCUGUCUGGAGUUAUGUGAGGAGCGACGUCGAGAGAGCUAUCAAGUUCAAUGCUUCAGCCAUGAACAGAACUAUCGAGGCUGUCUGGAGUUAUGCAAUGACUGAGGACGAGAGAGCUAUCAAGUUCUACGGUUCCGUCGUGAACAAAACUCUUGAAGCAGUUUGGAGUUAUUCGAAGAGUGACAAUGAAAGAUCCAUCAAGUUUAAUGCUUCAGCCUUGAACAAUACUGUAGAAGCCUUCUGGACGUAUUUGAAGAAUGGGGAUGAGAGAGCCAUCAAGUUCCAUACCUCUGCCGUGAACAAAUCAGUUGAAGCUGUCUGGAGUUACAUGAGGAGCGAGAACGAAAGAUCCGUCAAGUUCAAUGCUUCAGCCCUGAACAAGACUAUGGAAGCUGUCUGGACCCUGGUUAACCUCGAUGGCGAGAAAGGACUCAAGUUCAAUCUUGCAGUUAUGAACAAGACCAUGAAUACCUCUUUAGUUUAUUUCCGUAAUUCAGCUAGCACGGGCUUACACCUAAACAUGAAAUGCUGCAACAAAUCGUUUGACCUGUUAAGCAAAAUCGUCUUCCAAGAGAAAGAGAGCAAGCUUGUCAUUAGGGCUGCUUAUCAGAAUUCCACUGUCGCUCUUGUUGGACUCCUCCAGAAUUCACCUUCGCAGAAAAGUGCCUGCAUCUACCCCGAAUACCGCGGUCAGUCGCGUGGGAAAAUAUGCGCUGUUUUCACAAAUAGCUCGGCCGAGAGGAGCAUGGCCCUCAACUUGACCGUCCUUAACCGAACUGGUGAAUUGAAAACACAAAGGUUUGAGGAUCCCAUGUGUUGUGGUAUUCGUCUGACUGCCAAGUUUAACAAGACAAUCUUCUUCGAAUCUUGGGUGAGCUCCUUCCACACCGACGAGUUGAAGAGCCUCCAUUUUAAUGCAACAGUGGUGAACAAGUCAGUCGGUGCGUCACUCUACUUCCGCAACGACACUGAGAAAGCAAUCGGAUUUAACGCCACCGUUUUCAAGAAGCAGGUCGGCGUGGAAGGCGUCUGGCUCAACGGCAAGACCUUGAAAGAAGCUGCUGUUGUCCUGUUCUGGAACAAAACUAUUGCAGCCAAAUCAUCUGUCAUGUGUUUGAACACUGCUCACCGUAAGAUGCUCGAGUAUCGCGUCCACAUUGGUCGCUUUGUUGGUGAAUGGCAGAACACCCUUAUCACCAAGGAAACGGGCCUAAAAGAACUUGUCAUGCUCCGUAUACUUCGAAAUGGAAGUCAAAGUCUUUUCUUUGAUAGCUCCAAACUUACGUACUCCAGAGCGGAGAAGAGUCACGAACUCGGCUACCAGUACAUUGUUAAAACGAUGGGCCGCACCUUCGAGUAUGGCUGGGAUGCUUCUUACAACAACUACUCCAAUGCUGAGGAUUCUUAUCAUGAGGCCAAGGUAUCGCUGAUUUACACCAAGGGCAAGGAGGUUUCACUGACUGGUAUUUAUAGAAACACCUCCGAGGAACUCUCCAAUACUCUUACCGUCGAGUACCUUCCUGAAAAAACGAUGACACAAUCUCUAAUCUGGUACAAGGAACGCAAGUCCGUUGAUGUCAGAGUCGAAUUCAUUCCAAGAAGACCAAUUACAUGGACGACUAGCUGGAACACUUACGAUGGUCUGUCAGUAAGUAGCAUCGUCUCCGCUUUCGAUAAGAAGAUUGAAAAUUGGCUUCAAUACAGCAAAAGCACAGGGGAAUACGAAGGCCACUUUGAGAUCUUCCCCGCUUUUCCUUUGGAAGUUAGAGGUGUGUUAAGCAGAGAACACGGUCUGCUUUUCACGACGGAGAUUGCAGCCUUCAAGAGGACAUGGAAUCAUAAGAUCGACUUAAAGUGGGACGAACAAAAACUUCAUCUUUCGAUUGACGUAUUGCCUAAUGCACCAGUGGUUCUUGACGUUAGUUGGGACAAUACUGAAGGCAUGGGAAUAGUUAUGGAUUUGAAAGGGUUUAAGAAGUCACUUUCGCUGGCCUGGGAGUAUGACAAGUUAACGAAGUCCUUCACUUCUGGCGUAACGAUCUUCAAGCGAACACUAACAUUUACUGAGAAGCUGGACAUGGAAACCAAGACACUCUUCUUGACAUUCUCAGCAUUGAAACGUACCGUUGGUUUCUCCGGGAGGUUCGACUGGAAGAACUAUAUCGUUAGCACCUUCGUCAGUUAUGAAAAUCACAAAGCAGGGUGGUUCCUGAGAUUUAACCCCUCUUCAAGAAGCAUUGUCUUCAAUGUAACCGUCACUCCAAGAAUCUCAGGGCAGGUUGUCGGGGAGAUGCCAGAUGACUAUCGCCUCCAGGUGACCAUCCAAAGCAAAUUUGGUGAGAAUGUGGUGAACGAGUCUCGCCUGAUGUACCUCUUAAACGCUGAGGCAAGCCGUCUUUCGCUGACUUGGAAUACCUCGACCAUAACCACGCUCAUGAACCGAGUUAAACUUCUGAAGACGUUAAUCAGAAAUGUAACCCUGAGGUACUACAAUCUGACAAUCCUUAUGGGGCAAAACCUUACCAAAGAGGUCCAAGUGCUUGUCAAGAAACUCGAAGCCAAGAUCAAACCUGUCGUUCUGAAGUUGUACGCCCAAGUCAAGAAUUACAACUACACAGGACUGCUCCAGAAUGCCACAAUCAAGGCCCAGAACUUGACGCAGAGUCUUUUUAACGUCACUAUUCAGACACUCAAUGACACCAUCAACAGGCUUCCAAAGAUGAUGGGUAACGCCACCGAACUUUACAAGAGAAUUCGUCUGAACGUCACAAUCGCCUACAAAAGGUUCCGCACAGAGGUGCUUCCACCCAUAAUUGGAAAUAUCACCCUCCAUCUAAAGAACAUCAGCCGAGAUGUUAGAGUCUGGGCCAAUAACGUAUCCAUUAUGGUGAGCACCGUAACGGUUCGUGGAGAAAAACUUGGGGAUAUCGCCAAGCGCGUUUCCAAAAAGGUUGAAGUUACUACCGCAGAACUUGUCGAGAAAAUGAAGGUGAAGACACGCCAGCUAAUCAUCAAGAUGCGAGAAGUUGAGAUCCGCGGACAGAAAGUAGGCCCUCUGUAUGAUAAGUACAUGGUUGAGGUAAAGGAAUUUACAUGCAACUUCAAUGCUUCUUGCACCCUGAAGAAUGUGACCAUCAUUGCCAAGAACUUGACGCUGAUUGUUCGUAAUAUAACUGUUCUAAACAAGACCCUUGGGGAACAUUUCUUGAGCGUUCGUAACAUCACUGUUCUAAACAAGACACUCGAGGAGCAUUUCAAGCUGCUGAACAGGACCUUCCGGGAGAAGUUCGAGUUGCUUAACAAGACUGCCUGGAAGAACAUCAAGAUUCUCAGGAAGAAGGCCUGUCUGAUCCAUCAAACAGCGUUGAAUUUCACAAAGAAUUUGACCAAAGUUCUUCCCAAGCUCAUGAGAAAUGCUACCAUUCAAGCCAUUCAUCUGGCUCGGAACGUGACUCAACAAAUCAGGACCAUAUACAUUCGUGUCGGGAGGGUGUCCUUGGUUGCUUACAGAAAGUUGAUGAAGACUCACCGCCCUCUCAUUAAAUUUGGCAGAAACAUUUUCAUCUCAGUGAAGGAGAAAGCGUAUCCUUUGGUACUUAAGGCUGUCACACCCAUUGGCAAGUUUGCUGAUGAUCUGAAGAGCAACGUCACAAACUAUUUGAAGCCUAUUGUCAAACCGCUUGUUCCCAUGGCAUUGGAUAUAAUGUACCAAGUACGAAACAUCACGAUUCGUCGUGUUCCCAUCGGCAAAGCGCUGGAUAAGGCUGUUCUUCUUUCCCUGGAGAUCGCAUCGGAGACGCUCACAUCACUCAACCACACUCUUUACAGCAACAUCUCCGCUGUCAUUACAUUUAUCAGCGACCAUUCACAGAAGACACCAGACGAGAUCGUGGAUUUCGCCAUUGGAAAGAGCUUUGAGUACUUUAACCUCUCCAAGAAGAUCUUGAAUCAGUCGAUUGAACUUGGAUUUAACCUGAGCCGACGCGCCCCUCUGAUAUACAACAGGUCUUUAAUAGCCCUGAACAAGUCUCUCCAAAAGCUUCUGAAAUUGCGUCCUAGGGAGAUCAUGGACAUUUCCAUCAAGAAAAUCCAAGUCCUUGCCAAAAAUGUCUCCGCGGAGGUCUUGAAUGUUACAAAACAACUACGCGCCCUCGAACUCAUUCGUCCCAUCAAAGAAGCGUGGAAGAAGAUGGAUCUGAAAGGUAAACUAGAAGCCUUGGAACUUAAAGCUAAGUGGGAAAAACUGCUGGCGCGCGUUCGAGCUUUUAACAUUACGGAGAGAGCACUCCUUGCGAAAUACCACAUUGGAAACGUCACAGUGAAAGUACUGAAAGAGAUGCAGGACAUAACCAACCUUACGCAGCGUGUCUUGAACCUUUCAAGUGAUCUCGUCCUCAUGAAACUAUCCAAAGAGGCCUUUGUGAAGGAAUUCCUCGCCAUUGGAAACCAAACAAGGAGCGUUUUCGUCAAGUAUGGAAUAUUGGCUAAGAACAUCAGCUUCGACUGCCAAAGAAAGUUGAGAAAUGUUUCGUACGAAAUGGCUGGCUUUUACAAAAACAUCACCGUUAACAAAACCGUUGAAGCUUACAACAUGGCGAAGACGUUCGCGUUGGCGUGUUACAACGAGCACAAAGAAGAAGGACUUAAGAUGUACAACCUGUACAAGGAAAUGUUGGAGAAGAUCUAUGAAGACACGAAAGAAAAGGCCUUGGAAAAAUUCAACGUCUAUCGGGAAAAGCUGACAAACAAAGUGAAUGCAUUGAUUGCUAAGUUGCGAGAGUACGAGGACAUGACGUACGAGGAGAUUGUCAUCAAAGCUUAUGAAUUUUCCAGCAAGCACGGACUGGCUCUUUACAAGAAUGUCACCCUUCGUGCGAUGAAACUCUACAAGAAUGUGACCGUCCAAGCAGUGAAACUCUACAAUAACAUCAGCUUCCAAGCAGUGAAGUUCUACAACAAUGUCACUUUAAAAGCAGUGAAGCUCUAUAAGAAUGUCUCCCUCCAGGCACUCAGACUUUACAAAAACGUCUCCUUUCAUGCACUCAGACUUUACAAGAACGUCUCCUUCCAUGCACUCAGACUUUACAAGAACGUGUCCAUCCAUGCAGUGAAACUUUACAAGAACGUGUCCAUCCAUGCAGUGAAACUUUACAAGAACGUCACCUUAGCUGCAGUGAAACUUUUCAACGAUACCAAGAAUGCGACGUUGAGGGCGUACAACUUGACCCUUGUCCUGGUCAACCGCACCAAGCUAAUGGCCCUUCAGUAUUACAACGCGACUCGUAACUUGACACUGCACUACUACAAUCUCACCCGCAAGUACUCCCUUCAGUACUACAACUUAACUCGCAACUUGACUCUUCAAUACUACUACAAGUUCUACAACCUGAGCCGCAACUACACGCUGCACAUCUACAACGUGACGCGAAAUAUCACUGUUGGCGCCUAUAACAAGACCCGUACUCUGGUGCUUCGAGGAAUCCGUUACGUAAACGUGACUGUUGUGCCUUUGGUCAAGGAAAACUACCUCAAAGGCAAAGUUUUGGUGCUGAGAUAUGCUGACAAGACCGUGUUGUUUGUGAACCAGAACGCUCAGGCUCUUAAAGUGUGGUACGAUGAGAACAAAGAGAAGACCAUGGAGGAGCUGUACUACGAAGCUUAUGAACUGGCAGAAAGCAAGUUCAGCGAGGUCAGAGCGCUCGUAGAGAACAAGUAUCAUGAGAAUAGAGAGAUCAUUGAGAAGAAAAUAAAAGAAACCAUCAAGGACGCCAAAGCAAAGUUGGAGGUUAAAGUAGAAGAAUGGAAAAAGGAGCUGAAAAAGCUGAACAAGACCGUGAUGAUCAUCACAGGAGAAGCCAUCUCUCUGUACAACCAAACCGCCAACAUCACUUGUAUCGCUGCCAAGGACCUUGCUGCUAUCUUCCAUCCUUAUGUAAAGUUGAUGCACAACCAGACCAUCUUUUACCUCGUCAAAACCAAAAACAUCUCUCUGCCACUUCUGGAAAAAGCCAUAAACAUUUCCCUGCCACUCCUGGGAAAAGCAAGGAACAUCACUCUGCUGAAACUCAAUGAAACCAGAAAGUUUUUGAACGACAGCUUUAAAAAGAUCAUGGCCCAUAAAGACAUCCAGGAGUACAUCCAGAAACACCAGCUCAAGGAGCGUUACGCCAGGACUGAAAAAUUCCUUAGUGAGAAGUACAACGAGAUUGUUGAAUAUGUCGAGCAGAUGAAACCCAAAGUGGAGGCUAAGGUUAAAGAAGCUAUCUUCUACUUGAACGUAACACUCCCAGCCCAAAUCAAGCAAAGGUAUGCUUUGCUCAAGGAAAGGUAUGAUUUCCUCGAGAAGAAGAUCCAAAAGAUCAUGGCUAACCCGAAGGAAUUCAUCGAGAGACUGUCAGAGAAGGUUCUGAGGAAGAUCAAAGCCGCCAUCAAGGAUACACCAAUCGAGGAAGUCAUAUAUCAUGAAAUGUGGGUUGAGCUUAUUGAAGAGGUUCGUCAACACGAACUUGUUGACGCUGGGCAAGGUGUUGUAAAGUAUUCCUCUAGUAAGCUGAGAGUGGCCGUUCAGGUGGCACUGAAGAAGGGUAAACUGAUCGUGGAGAAACUUAUGGACAGGAGUGAAUUGAUGGCAGAGAAGAUCAAAACGAAGGUGCAGGAAACUCGCGAGAGGUUACUUGAAAAGUUUGACCAAUUCAAGGCGAUGAAACUCCGUGAAAUCGUGGAGCACGAGUAUGUGUUCAAGACCAUUGACUUGGCCAGAAACGUCACUCUUAAAAUCAAGAACAUCACGUUAGAAGCUAAGAACUUCACGCGCAAAUUUGUGGCCAUUGGACAGAUCUAUUACAAGAACAUGACUGCGAAAGUUAAGAACUACACCACGAUUCUGAGGGCUAAAGUCCAGAAUUACACAACCAUUCUGAAAGCGAAAGUCCAGAAUUACACAACCAUUCUCAAGGCGAAAAUGCAGAACUACACAAACUUGCUGAAAGCACAAGUUCAGAAUUAUACCAUCCUUCUGAAAGCACAAGUUCAGAAUUAUACCAUCCUUCUGAAAGCGAAAGUUCAGAAUUACACUAAUAUAGUGAAAGCGACUCUUCAGAACUAUACAAAGAUCCUGAAUGCAACAAUCCAGAAUUACACAAAGAUUUUCAAUAUGACAGUCCAGAAGUAUACAAAGAUCCUGAAUGCGACAGUCCAGAAUUACACGAAGAUUAUUAAAGUGGCAGUGAAGAACUAUACCCUGAUUCUGGGAGGUCACUACGAACGCAUCUACAAGAGUCACCUCGCCCCAUUAUACAGAAAUUACACCAGGCUGGUUAAAAUGUACAGAGCCAUUGCUGAACGCUACAUCAAUCGUUACAAGAACGUGACCUUGAAAGAAGUUAUUGCCAUUGCUCGUAACUGGACCACAGAAAAAGUGAAUCUUACCCGUGUGUGGAUAAACAGGACCUUGGAACGCGGUAUGAAGUAUUGCAGAAACGAAUUGGAAAGAUGCAUGAAGUUCUGUAGAGAAGAACUGAAGCCUUUGUACUACAGCAAAGUCCUACCAUUUUAUAAGAACACUAUUGUACCGAUGUACCACAACUGCAGCAAGCUAGUAAAAGAACUGAAGAAGAACAUCACGGAGAAGGCACUCGAGUUGAAAGAGAAGGCACUCGUGUUGAAAGAGAAGGCACUCGAGCUGAAAGAGAAGGCAUUCGAGCGUGCAAAUGACCUGAAAACCCGUGCGAUGGAUAUGUCAAGACAAGCGGUCCAAAUGACACUUGACAGCAAGCCAUAUGCCAUGCUUCGCAAGUUCGGCAAAAUGACAAUCCGCGAGUCCAUCCUUGAGGGACGUGCUCUAUGCAUCCGUGCCUACAACUUCACGUUGAACAUGACUCGCCUGGCUGUUAACGUGACGCUGGAGGAGUUUAACAACACUAAGCUGCAGCUGAUCCGUGCCUUGAAUACAACACUACUGGCUUUAAAUACAACCCUGGACAAUUCCAAACCCGUCAUUAGCUUCUUAAACGCAACGCGUGUGGAGGUGAUAAAGACGGCAAUCUUCAUCAGCAAGUACUAUGGAUUCGAGGAUGCUGUCAAAGAGCGAGUACGCAGAGGUUUUGACAUUACUAGGAACAUUACAAUGGCAGUUGUCAAUAACCAUGGUCCUCGCUUGCUCAACGAAUUGGCAAUGAAGACUUCGGAAUUCGUCAACACUACCAUUGGAUAUGUUAAUCGCACCGUUGGAUACCUCAACGUCACCUUCAUCAAGAUAACACGCAGAUUCAACAAGACCGUCCACGGUGUUCGUUUGGUUAUCAACAAAAGGUUCGUGGAAGCUCGUGAUGCCAUGAACAGAACCAUCCAAACUGUCCGCACUGCUGUCAACAGAACCAUCCAAACUGUCCACAUUGCCUUCAACAAAACAAUCCAAACUGUCCACAUUGCUUUCAACAAAACAGUCCAAACUGUCCGCAUUGCUGUCAACACAACAGUCCAAGAUGUCCGUGUUGCCUUCAACAAAACCAUCAACAGAGCUUACAUCUCAAUCAGUAAUGCUGGUAUCACGAUUCGCAAUGCUCGUAUUGCCGUCAAGAAAACCAUCACUGACCUCCGUGCUGCUAUUCCCAAGUACAUCCAAGUGACAGACGAGGGCAUUACUGUUGUUUUCCCACACCCAAGACCCUUUGAUGGAAGCAUCAAGUCGUUUGCCUUAGCCUCGGUGGAAAGAGUGAAAAACCUCAAGCAAGAUGCUCUUGAGAAGAUGGAGUCUUUGAAACAGGAAGCUGUGAUCAAGAUGAAGUCUCUAAAACGCGAGGCUAUAAUCAAGUUUAAGUCCAUGAAACGGGAAGCCCUUGAAAAGAUGGAAAAAAUGAAAGCCAAAGCUUUGGAGAAGAUUGAAACAUUGAAAGCCAAAGCCUUGGCGAAGAUGGAAGAGUUGAGAGCUAAAGCUUUGGAGAAGAUGGAAAAGUUGAAAAAGGAAGCUCUGGAGAUGAUGAAGUCGCUGAAAAAGCAAGCUGUGGUCAAGAUGGAGACGUUGAAACAGAACGCAAUCCAGAAAUUUGAUGAAGUUAAGGCAAAAGCAAUCGAGACCUUUGACGAAGUUAAGGCCAAAGCAAAGAAGAUGUCUAUCCGCGUCAGGACUAUCGGCAAAGCGUGGGUUGCAGUAGCCAUAAACAAAACAGUUUUCUAUCGUCAGAAGACGUACGGCUUCGUAAUGAAGUUUUACAACCUGACAAGGAAUCACAAUCUCACUGGCAAGUACAUCAACACAACUCUCCAUUACUUGAACAUCACCAAGAACUUGGUUGUCUUCUACCGCAACCAGACACAAGGAUUCCUGAUCAACGCAUACAACCUGACGAAGAACCACCCUCUUACAAAGAGGUACGUUAACAUCACUCUUCAUUACUUGAAUAUGACGAAGGACCUCGCCAUUGCCUAUCGCCAGAAGACUGGUAGGUUCGUAAGAUUCGUAAGAAGUGGUUACAGACAUAUCAAGAAUCACCCCGUUGUUGCACGGUAUGUUAACAUGACUGUCCAUUACUUCAACAUCACCAAGAACUUCGUUAAAAGUUUGAACAUGACGCAUGUAAAGAAUGUCACCGACAAAUACCUGUCUCGGGCGUUGAACUUGUCUCGUCACUGUUACAACGUUACCAACAAAUACCUGUCUCGAGCUUUGAACAUGUCACGCCACUGUUACAACGUUACCAACAGAUACCUAUCUCGUGCUUUGAACCUGUCACGUCACUGUUACAACGUUAGCAACAGAUAUCUAUCUCGUGCCUUGAACCUGUCACGUCACUAUUCUAAUAUCACCAAAAUAUACCUGUCUAAUGCUUUGAACCUGUCCCGCCACUGGUACGUUGUUUGUGUGAACAAAACACUCAAUAUCUCUAUUGAAGUGUACAAAGUCGCUGAGAAUGUCACACUGGAUAUUUACAACUCAAGCUGUCUGGGAGAGGCAGUGGGUAAAGCCAAGAACUACUCCAAGAUUGCCAUCAACGUCACCAUGAAGCUCUACCUAAAGGCACUGAGUCACGGCAGGAACGUUUCAACGAUAGCUUUGAACAAGACCCUCAGACUAUAUCGAGAUGCGUUGCUCAAAUCCAGGAACUUCACAACAAUCGCUUUGAACAGGACCCGCGAGCUUUACCAGCGUAUUUACAACAAAACCAUACUGGUUGUUUACAACACUACCAUGGUGAAAAAGUAUCUUCCGAUAGCUUUGAAUCUUUCUCGUCAGUGGUGCAGUAUUGGUUUUAAUGUCACCAGGAACUUCACCGUUCAGGCGUACAAAGUAGUUGCAAACGUUACUCUCGAUAUCUACAACUCAACCUGUCUGGGAGAAGCCCUGGGUAAAACCAGAAACUACUCAAUGAUUGCCUUUAACAAGACCUUCAAGCUCUGCCGUAUUGCCUUGAACAAGAGCUUCAAGCUCGGCCAUCAUCUUUACAACAAAACCGUGGUGAUUGUUAAGAACACGACCAUGGUAAAGGUGUAUCUUCCAAUAGCACGCCAAUGGUGCGUUUUUGGCUUGAAUACCACAAGGAACUACACCGUCAACGCGUACAAGGUGGCGAAGAAGUAUCUUCCAAUAGCCCGCCAGUGGUGCUCUUUUGGUUUUAAUACCACCCGAAACUUCACCGUUCAGGCAUUCAAGGCAGUUGCCAACGUCACUCUGGAUAUCUACAACUCAACCUGUCUCGGAGAAGCACUGGGAAAGACCAGGAACUACUCAAUGAUUACCUUUAAUAAGACCCUCAAGCUCUGCCGUAUUGCCUUUAACAAGAGCUUCAAGCUCGGCCAUCAUCUUUACAACAAAACCAUGUUGAUUGUGAAGAACACGACCGUGGUGAAGAACUAUCUUCCAAUAGCCCGCCAAUGGUGCGUUUUUGGCUUUAAUUCCACUAGGAACGUCACCGUACAGGCGUACAACGUGGCGAAGAAGUAUCUUCCAGUAGCCCGCCAGUGGUGCUCUUUUGGCUUUAAUACCACCCGAAACUUCACCGUUCAGGCAUUCAAGGCAGUUGCUAACGUUACUCUGGAUAUCUACAAUUCAACCUGUCUUGGAGAAGCACUGGGGAAGACCAUGAACUACUCCAUUGUUGCCUUUAACAAGACCUUCAGGCUUUGCCAUCAUCUUUACAACAAAACCAUGUUGAUUGUUAAGAACACGACCCUGGUGAAGAAGUAUCUUCCAAUGGCCCGACAGUGGUGCGUUUUUGGCUUAAACGUCUCAAGGAACUUCACUGUUCAAGCGUACGAGGUAGCCGCCAAUGUUAGUCUUGAUAUUUACAACUCGACCUGUCUACUCGAGGCGUUGGGUAAGACCAGAAACUACACCAAGAUAGCUUUCAACGAGACCCUCAAACUAUGCAGGAAAGCAUUGAAUCUAACCAGGAACUUCACGAUAACAGCUUUGAACAAGACCGUCCAUUGUUACCGAGAAGUAUUAGCUAAGGCCAGGAACUACUCGAUGAUCGCUUUCAACAGGACCAUCCAGCUUUGUCAACGCCUACAAAAUAAGACACUGAGCAUUGUUUACAACUCUACCCUAGUCAAGAAAUGCCUUCCAAUGGCUUUGAACUUCUCUCGUCAGACAAUAAGGAUGGUUCACAACAGUACUAUGGUCAAGAAAUACCUUCCGAUGGCUUUGAACGUCUCUCGUCAGACCCUAAGAAAGGUUUACAAUAGUUCUGUGGUCAAGAAGUAUCUUCCAGUGGUUUUGAACUUCUCUCGUCAGACCAUAAGGAGAGUUUACAACUACACUAUUGUCAAGAAAUAUCUUCCAAUGGCUUUGAACAUCUCUCGUCAGACCAUAGAGAUGGUUUACAACAGUACUACCAAGAAAUAUCUUCCAAUGGCUUUGAACUUCUCUCGUCAGGCCAUAAGUAGAGUUUACAACUGUACUAUGGUCAAGAAAUAUAUUUCAAUGGCCUUAAACAUCUCCCGUCAGACCAUAAGGAUGGUUUACAACUGUACUACCAAGAAAUAUCUUCCAAUGGCUUUGAACUUCUCACGUCAGGCCAUCGGGAUGGUUUACAAUUGUACUACCAAGAGAUACCUUCCAAUGGCUCUGAACCUCUCUCGUCAGGCCAUGACGAUGGUUUACAACAGUACCAUGAUCAAGGAAUAUAUCCCAAUGGCUUUGAACGUCUCUCGUCAAUGGUGCAGUUUUGGAUUCAAUGCUACGCGAAAUUUCACUGUCCAGGUGUAUGAAGUCGCGCUGAAUGUCACUCUUGAUAUCUGCAAUUCCACCAGUUUGCCACAAGCUUGGAGUAAGGCCAGAAACUACUCAGGAAUCGCCUUUAAUCAGACCAUGAAGAUCUGCCUUAAGCUGUAUCGUGGAGUCUACAACGUGACUUUGCAGAGAUGUGCUGAGCUUCGCAACUACUCACUAGCGCUGUACAAGAAGAUUCGUGAACACGAAACAACUGUGAAGUUCAUGACCGAUGCUAGCUCCUAUCUCGAGCACUCCAAGAAGAUGAUGAAAAUGCGAGUGCGAAACCUGCAUGGAGCUAAACGGUACAUGCAGAAGAGGAUUAACCACCAAGUGUCGCGAAUGUCCCACUUGCUGAACCCCAUCAAUUGGAUUCCACCAUUCAACAGCACGGCCAUGAUCUUUGGCGGACCUCACGUGUACACCUUUGAUGGAACCUACUACACCUUCCCCGGUUAUCAGAAGUCCGGAUGUAUGUAUGUCCUAGCCAGAGAUGUCCGUGAUAACAAGUUCACCAUCUUGAGUCAGGAGACCGCCAUCAUCGUAGUCACGGAGGACUCGAGCGUGAAAAUCCACCAAGACGGCAGAGUAGAGACAAUCGUGAAGGUUACCUCGUCUGGCAAGAAGCUCUCCGACGGUUACCACAGUGAGCUGCCUGUCGAGACGUUCAACACGACGAUCCAACGAGAAGGUUCCUUCAUAGUGCUUCGACACGAUUUGGGCUUGGAGAUCAUCUGCGAUGUCGAGCAUUUCUUGUGUACUUUCAACAUCGCCAAGUGGUAUCAUGGAAGAAUGGCAGGUCUUCUGGGAACCAACAACAACGAGUUCCAUGAUGAGAUGAUGACGAGCUACAACACCCCAACCUCCAAACUGACCGAGUUUGUGAACUCUUGGGAAGUCACUCGUGAUCCACAAUGCAAAGUCUCUACACUCGAGAAUGAGAAACCCAAGUGCAAGGAGAGUACCUACAUCCAGCGCUGCCGAGCAUUGUUCAAAGACAAGAACUCUCCACUCAGUCACUUUUCUUCAGUUGUUGACCCCGAGCCAUUCGUCAAGGCCUGUGAGCUUGACUACAAGGAAUGCGACACCAGCACGCCUAAAGACAUGAAGCAUUGUAACACAACUGCUGCUUACAUCGAGCUCGUUAGACUGCAAGGAGUAUGGGCCGAAUAUCUGCCUGAGUGUGGUCGUUGCGGUGGCAAACAGAUCGGUCAAAGAUGGUUCCAAAAGGCAGACAGAGCGGUGGAUGUUGUCAUUCUGGUGCACGAGAUCUCGAUCUUGAAGAGCUAUGCAGAGAAGCUUCCAACGUUCCUGACCAGUUUAACACAAUCGCUUGAUUCCAAGUUCUCAUUCCGCUUCGGCGUCAUGGGAUUCGGUGGUCGCUUGUUACAUGAGCACCCGCAUGCCAUUACACUUAACGGUCAGCUGAUGAACGACUUAGCCAGUGUGGAGCUUGCGUUUGAGCAUCUCAAAUUCGCUGGCGAGAACUCUGAGAAUGACACUGGUGAUGCUUUGGAAGCCAUGGCGGCCGCUGCUUAUAGAUAUCCAUUCAGACCUGGUGCUACCAAGAUCUUCCUUCUGCUGACCAGCACGGACCGCAAUCCAUUAGCUGAUUUCGCUUCCCUUGAGAGUAUCAGCAACAUGCUGGAAAGCAAGGACAUCAUUCUCAACGUCAUCGGCAAGUACAGAAAAUUCCGUGGCGAGGUGAUCGGACAAAACUUCAGAGGAAACGUGUUCUACAGAAAGAAGCCCGAAACAGGAAGCGGCGCAGCUCCCCUACCAGGAGGCGAAUACGUAUCCCUGAUGAAAGCUACUAAAGGAUCUGUCUUUGGUUUGCCAUUCUUGGGUUCAGAGAAUAAGGAUAAAUUUGGAGCUUUACAACAGGCCAGUGCAAGCGCGUGGAGAGAACAAAUCAAGCGUGAUCAGUACAUAUGCAAGGAGUGUUUCUGUGCACGUGGAGACGCCGGUCAAGGCAAGACCAUCUGCAAGAAGAACUCGCUCCACAACAAGUGCUGAGGGAAGCAGGGAUGACAAUUCCUGUAAAGGCCAGUGAAGUAGAAUGCCCAGUUUCGCCCACUGAACUGUACAAAAUAUGUUUUCGUUUUGUUUUCAUGUAGUUAGAAACAGCAUUAAUAGAACAUAUAGAAGUUGGUUGAAGUUAUCGCCAAGUAUUGGUAAUUUACAACAAGCGUUAAUUUUAUUCAUUGAGAAUUUACACUGUUUUAAUAAAAAGAUUUAAGCCUUAUCACAGUGAGCCUUCUUGGUCCUAAUUUCUUUCGAAGAGGCAGUUGAGGCACGGACAUGAGUACGAUAAGUUAAUAUUGGGCUAGCUGGUUACGGGUAGAUACCUGGCCUUAAUUCCUCCGUAUUUAGGCAAUAUGACAAUUGAAGUAUAACGUUAUUUAAGUCAAGUCUAUUUUUCUGGGACAACCAGCUAUGAAUUUUUAUGAAAAUCGGAACAUUGAUUGUUAUCAGCCCGACCUCUCGUGCAAGGGCAAAAACUGAUAUUUGUUUGAUCGGUUUCGGUUGUUAGAAUUGUAGUAUUUGGUUUUAUUUUAUUAUAUAUUUUGCGUUGUUACUAGCGUUCGUAAAUGAAGAAGGCAGACAAAAGCGCCCGGUGGGUCUACCUUUUGAUGAAAGAACGCAACUACAGCAGCGUGUUUCGGGGGGGAUUUUAAAUUAAUAAAAAAAGAGCAUUAAAAAAAGUGCA